AUGAAUACUUAUAAUAAAACUUCUAUCCUUUCACCUCAAAAUCCAGCACGAAGUCAUUUAGUUAACUCUGUCCUGAAAGUGCUUGGAAGGGUCCGUAAAGAGCAAGAAUUAAACAAAAAUGGAGCUAUUGAUGUCUACCCUCUUUUCUCUUGUCUUGCGAUGGAUGUAAUUCUGGCAUUCGAGUUAGGGAAAAACAGUGGAACAAAUUUAUUGGAGCAUCUGGAAUCAGAAGAGGUUGUUCAUUGGUAUAGAAAAAAGGAUAGUAUGGGGUUUUGGACUACAUUAAUGCCACGGUUUUGGAAUUUGGCUGCAACGAAAGAAAUCAAGCAGGCUGUUAAAAGUAUUGAACAAUGGCAUAUGAAUUUGUAUUCUCAUGCAGAAAAAAAUAUGAAUGAAGAGAAACUAUCAUAUUGUCCUAGCUUAAAAGUUUUGAAACUAAAUGGAUUUCAUGAUAAAAAUGCUUAUAGUUUUAUCACUGAUAAUAUAUUUGCUGGUCAUAGAACAACUGCUAUACAAUUAACAUAUUUAUGUUAUGAAAUGUCGAGACCAAUAAAUAGAAAGUGGCAAAAUAAUUUGAAGAAAGAAUUAGUUGAACACUUUGAUGAACCGCUAAAUAAGGAAUGUAUUAUACACGAUUUUGAAAUAGUAGACAAGCUACCUGUUUUGAAUGCCCUCUUACAGGAGAAUUUACGGGUCCAUUCAUCAAUCCCGGGAGCACAGCCGAGAGUUGUCAAUCGUAAAUAUACAGCGGAGGUGCAAAAAGUAGAUAAAAUACAAAAGAUAUUAGUUCCUGAAGGAACGAUCAUUUCUUGCCUUCCAUAUGCAAUGCAUAGACAAGAAGAGGUAUUUCCAUCUCCAGAUAACUUCAAACCUGAAAGAUGGUUACGGUAUAAAGAAGAGAAUGAUGCUGAUUUUAAAGCACGUAUUAGCAAACAAAAAAGAUUUAUGAUGCCAUUCGGUAAGGGGAUUCGCCUGUGCUUGGGAAUGAAUCUAGCUAUAUUAGAAAUCAAGUUCACACUUGCUAAUUUGUAUUGGCAUUCUCGAUCAGAAAUAUCUGACAAAUGGUGCAAAAUAGAAAAUAAAACUCUCGGUGGGUGCCCUAUAAAGUUGGGGCAGAUACCUCAGCAUACGAAUCACACGGAUGAAGAGAAGAUGGUAAUAGUGGAUUCGUAUACAACCCGCCCAUUGAACGAUGAAUGCUGGCUAAUUUUCUAUUUUCGUAACAACUGA